AUGACCACUGGAGCAGUUGAUCGUAUACUGAAAGAAUCCGAAUCACUGAAAUCAACUCAACUUAAAGUUGUUGAAAAUGUUGCGCAAUCAUCAGAAAGUCUACUUAGUGAGGAUAGCAGCAGUACAAAAUCUUCAACUAAGCAGGCUACUUGUUCAACUCCGGAAGAUCCUUGCUGGACAAAUGACUUGCUGCACGUUUUUGUUCUUAGCGAGGCUGGAAAACCCAUAUAUUCACGUUAUGGAAAUGAAAGUGAUCUGUCCUCUGUAAUGAGCGUCAUGCAAGCUCUUGUUUCCUUCGUUGCGAAUUCUGGAGAUGAGCUUCAGUUAAUCAAUACAACUGACAAAAAGUUCUUGUUCGUUUCUCGGUCGCAUCUUAUAUUAGUGGCAUUUAGUCCAGUUUCUGAACCCACUCCACAUCUGCUAACCUGCCUCGAAUAUGUAUAUAACCAGAUAAUAAGCUCAUUAACUUUGCAAAGAGUGGAGAAACAAUUUACAAGGCAUGCUAAUUUGGAUUUACGCAAACUCCUUGUUGGGGAUAAUCGACUUUUAUCCUCUAUCAUAAAUCGCGUAGAAGAGACUUUUGGGGUAUUUUUGAAUGCAAUCAGCUGUACACCACUUCCAGAAAAUAGCAGAGCUGCAAUAUCACAGAUUAUUUGUCAAAAUGCCAAAUUACGUGAGUUGCAUGCCCACCUUUCUGGGAGUAUUAGUUCGGCGUUUUUGAAGCGUGAAUCAAUUACCAACCGUGAUGUUCAGAACAUUAAUCCAAGUUUUGAUUUUGAAACAUGGAACGGGGAUAUGAAUAGGUGUUUUGAUGCUUUCCGAACAAUCCACAAAUUAAUUGAAACACCAGAGAUUUUGGAGAGAGCUACAACUUCCGUUAUUGAAGAAUUUCAUCAAGAAAACGUCAUUCUUUUGGAAUUGAGGACUACGUUACGACCAAUUCCAACUCAUCGUUCUUAUUUGAAUGCGGUAAUCAGAGGAAUACAGAAUGCACCGAGUGUACUUGAUAAUAAAAUAUAUGUGACAUUAAUACUAUCUAUAGACAGGUCUAAAAGUCUUGAUGAAGCGUUACUCACUUUAGAGUUAGCAAAGGAAUACUAUUCUAAUGGAUUGGUAUCAGGCAUUGAUCUCAGCGGGAAUCCACUAGUAGGAAAUUUAUGUGAUUUCGUUUCAGUUCUUAAUACAGCUCGUUCGUACGGUUUAAAAACAACAGUACAUAUAGCUGAAACAGCUGAUCAAAGUGAAGAUUGGUCUAAAUUUCUUAGACUUCAUUUGCCAGAUCGACUGGGGCACGGAAUAUUUUUGACCAAUUCAGAUGAGAAUUCUGUUUUAGCAAGAGAAAUUGUUUUGAAAUCUCAAAUACCUUUAGAAUUAUGCUUGACAUCAAAUGUUAAGUCGAAAGCUAUUGAAAACUAUGAAUCUCAUCAUCUAAACUAUUGGAUGGACAAGAAACAUCCUAUUUGCAUUUGUACGGAUGAUAAAGGCCUAUUUAAUUGUACGCUAUCAGGCGAAUUUCAACUGUCUGUUGAACGUUGUUGUUUGAAUAAUGAACAAUUAUUUCAAAUCUUAAUGGACUCAGUGAAUAUGGCGUUUUGCACUGAAAACGUGAAAAAACAAUUGUCUCAUAAAAUCAGAGAAUAUUUCAAUAGUUUUAUAUUUGAUAAUUUAAACAAAAAAUAA